AUGUCGGAUGAGAUGACCCCCGAAGAGCGUUUUGAACUCGAUUGUCAAUCCUGCUCGGCAUGUACCAAGACAGCAGGUAUCAAAGCCUUUACAUCGCUUGAGGACCUCUGUGAUCAUACGUGCGAUUGUCACAUGCACAAAGUGCUCUCCUUCUCGAAAGACUGUCAGACAGAAGUCAUCUCAAAUGUCAAGGUGGCUUUCAGUGAGAAGGCUUUCGACGAGGAAGACAAGGAACAAGACAUUGACACGAACGUGCCAUUCUUCUCGCCCAUGUGUUCGGGUACAGCUUUCAGAAUGGCAGCAUACCUUCAAGAUCUCGUCGAUGGCACUACAGCAGGAGACGAAGAUUGGGAGGAAGCGAAAGAAACUGCCGAGAGUCAAUGGAUGAAGGACGGAUAUCCAGAGAUGCUUGACGCUUUGAGCAAGACCAAGACUAUUCUUAUCGGAUUGCCGACAGAGCAUCGCUUUGACCGAAGCUGGCUGACCUUGUUUGACUUUACCAAAUCAAGUGACUACAACAGUCAGGAUUCCUUCGCCCUUUAUUCGCAGGUUUUGGGAGAGGCCGUAAUGGGAAGACAGUGA